CAUUUUGUUAAGCUCAAGCACAAGAUAUACUAAUAUGUCUUUCUUAUUAAAUAAUGGCGUCCGUAUCCCAGCUAUAGGUUUAGGAACAUGGCAAUCAAAACCGAAUGACGUCUAUAAUGCUGUUUUGACAGCUUUGAAGACUGGAUAUACACACAUUGAUACAGCUUAUGUGUACCGCAAUGAAAAAGAAGUCGGACAAGCUAUUAAGGAUAGUGGAAUACCAAGAGAAAGAUUAUUCAUAACAACAAAACUUUGGAACACGAGUCAUCGACCAGAACUUGUAGAAGAAGCAAUAACCGUAUCUUUGACGAAUUUACAAUUGGAGUACGUUGAUUUAUAUUUAAUGCAUUGGCCUAUCGCAUUUCAGCCUUCAAAAUACAGUAUUCCAAAAACAGCUGACGGGCGUGUUGCUUUGGAUUGGACGGUGGAUUUUGUAGACACGUAUAAAGCCAUGGAAAAGUUAGUCAAGAAUAAGAAAGCACGUGCAAUAGGCGUCAGUAAUUUUAAUAAGCAAAACUUACAAAAACUGUUAAAGUCCUGUAACAUCAUACCCGCCGUCAAUCAAGUUGAGAUGCAUUCAUACUUACCACAGCCCGACUUGUUACAAUUUUGUCAAAGUAAGCAAAUUCAUGUUACUGCCUACUCGCCAUUAGGGAGCACCAACUCUCCUAUAAUGGAAGAGCCACUUGUGUUGAAGAUUGCGCAGAAGUAUAAUAUCACCCAGGCUCAAGUAUUGUUGUCAUGGGGUAUUCAACGGGGCUGUUCUGUUAUUCCAAAAUCAGUGACAGCUUCAAGAAUCGUUAGCAAUUUUAAAACAGUCAAAUUGGACAGAGAAGAUUUUGAACAACUACAGACUUUGAAAGGGAUAGAUGAACCCGAACGACUACUCGAUCCGUCAUCCAUUUGGGGAGUGGAGAUAUACAAGCCGAAGUUGUAAUGUUUGAAAGAACAGAUGUACAUAAAGAUGGUAUUCAUAACGAAAUACAUCCAAAUUCGCGUAAUAAAGACAAAUGCGUCACUACAUUCUUAUAACUGACCAAAAAAAAAAAAAAAUGAAGAAAA